GUGGCGCCGGCGCGGAGGUGUACGAGGGGGUCGUGAAGUCCUUCAGCAGCGAGAACGGCUUCGGCUUCAUCUCGUGCGACGGCGCCCGGCAGCAGUUCGGCCGGGACGUGUUCGUGCACCAGCGCCAGGCCGCCGCCGGCCUGCAGCCCGGCGACGCUGUCAGGUUCACGGUGUGGCUGAACGAGAAGCGCGAGCCGCAGGCGCGGGACGUGGAGCCGCUGGACUCUGGCGGCGACGGCCAGGGCUGGGACCAGGACGACUUCGAGGCCGAGGACGCCUCCGGCCGCGAGCUGAGCUUCGACGACGACGGUCGGGGAGGCUCUGCCGCGGCGGAUCCCUCGUUAUGA